AUGGCACCUCGGGGCGUGGUCCUUGACUCUGAGGACGACGGCAGCGAUUUUGGCGACGGACCUGAGACUGAACUAUUGUCUGGUGGUGAAGAAGGCUCCAAGAUCACUGGCGCAUCACACAACAAUACCGACCCUGGUAUUGACUCGACGGAUCCGUCGUUUUUCCAGCGCAUCUACGAUCAGCAGCACGCCGCUACCGACGUGCAGGAUGUGAUUCCGGAUACAGCACCAGUUGGACAUGCUGACUCGACAUGGACCAACAUCUCAUCAGCUCCACCUCCGGGCCAGAGACUACAGACUAAGGACUACUCGUCUCUUACUCCUGUGACCGACCCAGUGUCGGGAAGUCGGAAGGCAAAGAAGGCUCGGGAAGUUCGUGAAUUGGACGUUAUUGACCUGACGGAUAUUACAACGCCAAGCAAAGAGACUAGCGAUGUGUGGGAUGUCCCGGCCUCGGCCAGGUCACAAAGGUUCACGAGGACUAAUGGGAAGCGCAAGGUUGCGCAGCUUAGUCUGGAGCAGGAAGCAGUGCCAAAUACCCUGCCGGAUACCCAGGACCCGUACGCCUUUCCCGACGCCACACCACCAACCAGAACCGACAGGCACGGAACGCCAUCUAGCGCAACCCAAAGGGCGCAAGACUCCAGUCCUGUGAUGCUCGUCCCAACAGAGGUGCCAACCAGCUCGGACAGGCGGACACGAAGCAGCCGGAAGAAGAAAGCCAGCUUUGGUACGGACUCCAGCAUACCCAACACCGCCAUCCCAUCGUUGUAUGUUACCCAGAGCACCCUCACGGCAAGCCAGAAGGAGCAGUAUCAGGCGGUCCAUUUUUCUUCUGAGGGAAUGCCGCUCCAGGAUUCGGAGACGCCGUCGUUUGUGGGACAAGGAUUGGAAGCGGGGGAGAUGUACAAGUCGAGUGCUCCGACCAUUGCGUACCCGACACCAAGCCGAGUUACGUCGACGAUUGCUUACCCGACCCCGAGCCGGGUUGCAUCAGCGGGGAGACUGUCAGAGGUAGUUGAGGAGGGAGGCGAGCGUUCCGUUGCGGGAAUGUCGCCGAGCUAUGACGUUGGGCACCAGCAGUCAUCGCCUGAUGUGCUCACGGAUAUGACCACCACAGCUAGUUCGAGGUCCAAAAGGAGCAGGGCGAAGGUUGCGUCUCCUACACAGUUAGAUGCAUUCGAACUCGAAUUGCCCGCGCCAGCACGUAGGACGAAAAAGAGAAAAGUCGUGCGAGAAGCGGAAGACGACUCUUGGGAUCGAGAUCCUUUGGGAAGCACGCAAGAGAACAAUGACGCACCACCGCAAAAUCUACAAACCCAGGACGAGGUUGGAAACACCGGCCACAGCACAGCGCAACCAGUGGCGGAUAUGGACGUCCAGGCAUUCUUGCCCGACGGCGAGCCAAUCGAUAUCGAUGCAAUGGAAACCCCGGCAACAGCUCCAAAACCCACGGCCAAGAGCAAAAGAGGACGAAAGAAAAAGGGCGCCAAAACCCAAGAACCCGCGCCCGAGCCCGACGAGCCGACACAAGCAGCAGAAACCGAACCAGAACCGGCCCCUGAACCCGCAGAAACUACAAAGCCGCCGUCCAAACGGAAACGCGGUCGCCCACGCAAAUCCGAGGUCUCCAAACCGCAACCCGAACCCGAAAAUGAGCCAGAGCGGCAACCGUACGAGGAAGCCGAGGCCAACGCGGCGGAACCCCAACCGCUUUUCGAGGUGGACCGCAACUCCCAACCCAGUCCAGAGAUAGCCGCAACAUAUGCUGGCGGCAGUGAUGUUGGCGAUAGUAAAGAGAAUGUCCCGGUGACGGCAAAGGAUGCCGUGGUCAAAGACAAGCCAACGGAAAAGGAGAAGCAGGCCGCCAAGGAUCUCAAGGAUCUCAAGUCUGGCCCUCAGAAGGUGCAGUACCGUGUGGGACUAAGCAAGAGGUCGCGAAUUGCGCCGUUGCUAAAAUGUUUGAAGAAACCGGAGUGA